GCAAAGGGAAGGGUUUUAGGAAGAGAAAAUCCGGCAAUGGAAGCCAGAAAACCAACGGCAAUUGGUAUCGAUUUCGGCACAACCAGCUCGUGUGUUGCUGUGUGGGACUCCCGUAGCAAUAGUGUAGAGGUUUUACCCAACGAGCAUGGCCAGAAGACGACGCCGUCUACAGUUGCUUUUACUGAAAGUCAUCGUCUUGUAGGCGUAACGGCGGACAUGGAGGAAGAGCUCUCCCGGGAUUCAAGCAGCACCAUCAUCUGGGAUGUGAAAAGGUUACUUGGUCGGAGAUUCAAUGAAGUUCAAGAGGAUGUAAAAUUCCCACCCAAGCUUGUAGCUGGUUUGGGUGGCGUACCUUUGGUUGCCCUAAAACACACGGGUGUGCAGUUCUCUCUUGAAGAAAUCUCCGCUAUGGUCUUGCAUAAGAUGUAUCAAAUUGGAAAAGAUUAUCUAGGGGCUCAAGGGAAAAAUGUGAUAAUCACAGUGCCGACACACUUUAAUGACAUGCAAAGGAAGGCCACUAGAGAUGCAGCAACGAUAGCAGGCCUCAACGUGUUGCAGAUAGUAAAUGAGUCAACAGCUGCAGCUAUUGCUUAUGCUCAUUCGAAGAAGGUGAGCUCAAGUGAUCAGAUAAAUUUGAUGGUUUUUAACCUCGGUGGUGGAAGUUUUGAUGUUUCAAUUAUUAAGAUUGAAAAUGGGAACUUUAAGGUAGAAGCUACUGCAGGAGACGACCUGGGUGCAACGGAUUUUGAUGGCAGAUUGGUUGAUUUCCUUCUUAAAGAGUUAAUCAAAGAUCAAAAGAAAGACAUUAGUGGAAAUCCGGGGGCUCUUAGGAGAUUACAAGUGGCUUGUGAAAAAGCAAAGAGGACACUUUCAUCCACUGAUGCAGUUACAAUUGUUAUUGAUGACUUGUAUGAGGGUGUGGGAUUCCGUAAAACUAUCACACGGGCAAUAUUUGAUCAACUCAACAUGGAACUUUAUCAGAAAUUGAUGGAGCUUGUCAAUAUCUGUUUCAAAGAUGCUCAUAUGGACCACAGUCAUGUCUCUGAUGUUGUGCUUAUCGGUGACGGUUCUAAGAAUCAAUGUCUUCGUGGAUUGUUGCAAUACUAUUUACAGGGAACAGAGAUUUGCGAGACAUUAAUAAACUCAAAGGAGGCAGUUGCUUAUGGUGCUGCACUUAUUGGUGCUCAAUCCAGUGGUAUAGAUAUUGGGGAGUUGCAGGUUGUAUUGUGUAGACAAAUCACUACUAUGCCUCUCAGUUUGGAGCUAGGAAAGUCAAAGAAGCAACGAGAGAUGGUGUUUGAGAGGAAGACAGCUUAUCCAACCAUGAAGCAACUAACCUACACCUGGCCAAGAAAGUGGCAUCAAGACAAAAUAAGUCCAUGGCUUGUGUAUGAAGGGAGUGAUCAUCUUCUAGGAGAGUUUCAGCUUGAGGCGAUUCCAAAAAAUAUCUCACAGAUCAUCAUCACGUAUUCGCUUGAUCAGAAUGGGAUUUUGAAUGUUACUGCUGAGGGAACAUCUGAGCACUCUGGUACCAAACGCAUGCUUCUCGUCAACUGUAGCAAGAGGGGAUUGAACGGUGAUAUAGUUAGUAUGAUGGCCGCCAAGUUAGCAAGGGAGGAGCAAUUAAAGCAUGCUGGUGGAAGCAAUGUUGAAGUUCAAUCAUUUGAAGAUCAAAAAGAGAGACACAAGGUGGUUAAGGUUUCAAGGGUUAGUAAUAAGGUGCAAAUGAAAUUGGGCACAGCGUGUAAGCCGUCAUGGUUCCAGUGAUUUGUUGUCUCUCUAUAGUAUGUAUUGGGAGUUGAGUAGGUAUACCUCUGUAGCUGAUCAUCUCUUCUGUUUUGUUGCAUGACAAUAUAUUAUACUGAUUUAGAAUUGGAUGUUAUCAGAAAU